AUGUCCGGCAGCGAUGUCGAGCACGUUUCUUGCUUUCUCAACGGCAACCCUCAUCAGCCCCGACACCAAUCCUCCCCAACUCCUGACGACGAAUACUUUUACGACGUUCCAACACAUACCGUAUCGCUUAUCGCGCCGGCUUCACCUCCCGUUCCUUCCCUAGCGAGUACCACCACAUACACUGAGCAGCCGCGUCUCACAAGCUCUCAAGCCUUCCGCAUACCUGCCGACCUAUCCUCGAACGACUACCCCGAAAGUUGCGGUCGAGAUUCCCCCGACCCUGACGACUUUUAUCGCCCGCAUCAGUCUUCAUUGGCUACGGAAGAUGGUGUUGGCGCUGACCCGGACGCUACCUUGAUGGUCGGAGUCAAGAAUAACGACGCCGCACAGAAACGUCCCCCUCUUUCCCAGCGUAUCUAUUCCUUACCAACGCACCCGCCAAACCUGACAUCUGCAAGUCGAGAACCAUACCGUUCAACGUCGAACUCGUCUUAUCGUGGGGUCGGAUUGAAUGCUACCAAGGGUCCUUCGGUGAGGCCGUCAACCGCGAGGUCAAGACAGACCUCUUUCAAAGAUCUGAUAAACAAGUUCAACAACAACGUCGAUCAAGUCUUGCCCGUUCCAACUGCAUCGACACCGAUAUCCCGUGAGCCCUCGAGGGCCACCAGCCCAGCCAGUCCGGUGGAUCCGUCCUUCCGACCCAAACCGUUAUCCUAUCGACGUGAUACCUUCGACUCCAUACCAAAUACGAACGAGCUCCCUCGACUAAACUCGCCGUUGGCGUCGGGUCAAGCUUCCUCCGAGCUCAUUCCCCCUCCAUUGAGGAAAUAUCCCGAAGGCCCUUCAUUGACGCCCUUGCAGCCGACGGAGUCGCAGCCUCGGCGGCCUGUAUUUGGUGAGCUGCUCUCAGUUGACACGGGCUUCCGGGAUUCGGGAUAUGGACAACCGUCGCCUUUGCGACGACGAGGUUCUGAAGGGAGCGUUCCGAGUCCAACCCCCGCACUCCUCGACCAACUCGAGCCGCCAUUCAGCUUCUCGCCACUGACCCCGACUGCGUGGUAUUUGGGAAAGACGCCAUUUCUUGAGGCCGUGAACAACGGUGCUAAUCCGAAUAGUCACCGAAGGGUCAGGAGCGAUAUCUCUGGAAACUGGCUCGGGAGUGCGCCCGCGCCCCCUUCUGAAUCCCACAUGGCGGUCUCGGGGCCCUUGCAGCCACACUCUGAACUCCCGUUGGAAAGCCCACAUUCCAAAUCCCGCAUUCCUAUCUCGUCUCGCCGCCUUAAUUCCGCGUCGGGUUCGGAAGCUUCCUCGCCCACCGCCAGUCCAACAACUUUCGGCAACCGGUCUGCCGCGCAAAUUCCGCUGCCCCCGAAAGGUGUUAGCCGUCUUCCCAAACCGGCGCUUAAAUCCGCCCGUGACAUUCCCGACGACGGUCAGGCAGCGUUUGCAUUGUCACCACGUGCCAGGAGGGAAACGGCCCAUGGUCGGUCGCGUCACCAUCCCGCAAAAGGCGCUCUUCUGGAGGCAUACAUAGCUGCUCCCCCCCCGAAGAAAUCGCCACAGUUACGUAGUUCACGACCCCGUCAGCCCGUGUCGCAUGCGCCUCCCACGCCACGAUCGAAGGUAGUGGAAACCGUGUCAAACUUCCAAAGCCAAAUAAAUCGCGACCGUGAUUCGCGAAACUUACGACAACGGAGGCUGCCGGAGCUGGGAAAUGUGGAUUUCGCGACUCGACGACACCGAAUUCAGCAGGCUUUUAACCGCACGGUUCAGGAGAAUGAGCAGAAGGAGGAGAGGGCUGCCGAACUUCGACGCCAAGAUAAAUCCCAGGACGACCGGGAAGAGCGCCCACGGACUCCUACUUCGACAUCGUUUCUACAUGAGGAACCGCAACCAUCCCCACAACCUGAUGACACUGCGACCGUGAUAGAUGAAUCGACGGAGACUUGUCAUGAGGAAGAGCAUCCGAUACCUGAAACGGGGCCAGCGCGAGCGACCCCUCAACUCCAUGUUGAUACCGAUGUUGGCGUGCAGGAGAACAAAGGCGAUAGAAUUGAAGCUCAUCCGGUGACGAUGGAUUCCCCAACAUUGGGACAUGCGAUCAUCUUAAGGAACGAACAAGAUGCCGAUCCCAAACUUUCCGGCCUGCCGGCCUCCGCUGUCACGUCGACAUCAGAUGAUACGCACGUUACUGCUUUCGACCCGGAGCCUCAGCCGGAGCUUUCUCGACAGAAUCUUCACACCUCUCACAGAACGCUUUUGAGUCAGAUCAUGCAGACCCGCGAGUCCAGUCCCAGUAGCUCCUCGUGCGACGAACCGGAUCUUAGCUUUUCUGACAACGAUGAUAAGGAGUCCAUACCCAUUAUGUUGCGAGAUGCCUUGGGUCUAGAAGACUCGAUGGACAGCAGCGAUAAUCAAGGGUCUUGUGACCUUUAUAUGAAGCAAGGCCCCACCGCCAGCGAGCCACCAAACCGGUGGAGCUUGAGUUCGUGGUCAUCCUCUCUCCAAAACCAACAUUCCACAGAUGAUCAAUGUGAGGGCAGUGGAGAUGACCUCUCCCACGCUCAACACUCGGCCGAUGAUUGCGAAAUAGCCACGACUCAGUCGUGUUCUGCCGCCUCCAGCACGCCCGCUUCUGUAGCGGGGGACCAUCAACUCCCACAAUCUUCAUCAUCAUCAUCGAACCUGAUCAACAACACGGCCCCUCAAAUGAAUCUUGGAGGCACACCAACCCGAAACGCUUAUAGGUAUUCCAAUGCGCCGAGUCUAGCAAGACUGGGUGGCUGGGACUCAAGACGGGUCACUCAGCUCUAUUUCGAAGAACUCGCGCGUGGCAGAGGCCAUAAUCUUCCCAUGCCAGCAGUCCGUUCUACCCCAGAACCUAGGCAGGCAGAUAUACCCAAGUCAGAUAACAAGGGUGAAAGCUUAGCGGAUGAUGCGGUCGUGGUAUCCCGACCCGAGAACUUAUCAUCAGAACGCAUGGGCCACAGUGCGAGCCUGGUUUUGCGGGACGAUUGGGAGCAUGCAUCGCCGUCGAUCAUGGAUUGGAUGCAGAUCGCUGCCCAUAAUGAGGCUGCCGCGACGAACCAGAUAGACGAGAAUACCAAAUAUGAAGGUGAUCCGACCCCUCGCAUUGUAACCCCCACCGUCCAAGGGCCCCGUCCUGAGGAUGGCACCGAUGAAGGUCUUGGUCUGGCCAUCGACGUUCAAUCGCCUUUGGAACGCGAUUCCAGCCAAACAAGUCCUCCUGCACCACAACAUGAACCUCCUCUGCCGCCUUCAUCUGUGGAUGCAAACGAAGACGGCACUGUAUCCCAGCAGGCUUCCACUUUCUUGCCCGGGGUGAUUUCCGCCAAGCCUUCUUUGAGUACUUUUGCGAGUGGCGCUUUCGCCCCACUGGGUCCGGUCCAAAGCAGCGGUAGCAGCGGCGACUCAUCUCUUCGGCGCGUUGAUCGUCCCCAUUCUCCCCAUGCUCUGGAUUCGUCGGCGACAUCUUUGGUUCCUUCUACUUCAGAACCGCCUCGUACAGAUAAUGCAUCCCCGUCCCCGGACCAACGACGUCUCAAGAAACGAAAACACGUCAUCAAGGAGCUUGUCGACACUGAAUAUACAUUCGGAAGGGACAUGAAGGUUGUGGACGAUAUCUACAAAGGAACUUCGAGUUCGUGCCUGGACCUCUCAUCUGAAGAUGUUAAAAUUCUUUUCGCAAAUUCCGACCAAGUUGUGCAAUUUUCCCAGGGUUUCCAAGAUGCGCUGAAGGAAGCCGCUAAGAGUGUCUACAUCAUGCCCAAGUCCCAACGGUGGAGCAGCAAACGCAAUCGCAACCACCAUGUUCCCCAAACGGACGCCGAUACCCCGACUGGAACUGGAAUAUCAGAGCUGGAGAAAGAUAAUGCUACCUUUAUUGGCCGGGCAUUCGUGACCAACAUGACCCACAUGGAGAAGGUCUACGCGGAUUACCUGAGAAACCAUGAUGCCGCCAAUAAGAAGCUCCAAGCUCUGCAGCGGAAUCCUAAGGUGGCUAUCUGGCUCAAGGAAUGCCGGGACUGGGCAUCAGAUCUCACUACGGCGUGGGAUUUAGAUUCGCUACUUGUUAAACCAGUGCAGCGGAUCUUGAAAUAUCCUCUCCUAUUGAGUGAGCUCCUUGACUCAACACCCAGUGAUCAUCCAGAUCGUGCUUCACUUGGAACCGCCCUGGAGGAGGUUACUAGUAUAUCUGUCCGUAUCAACGAGAUGAAGAAGCGCGCAGAUCUGGUUGGUCAGGUAGUUGCCCGAAAACGGAAAGAUUCUGAUGUCAGGACGGGCCUCUCGAAAGCCUUUGGGCGCCGCACGGAGAAGUUGAGACAGCAGGUGGGCCUUUCUGACAUGGUCGAAGACAAAGAAUACGACAAUCUUGCCCAGAGGUUUGGGGACAACUUUUUCCAGUUGCAAGUCGUCAUGCGAGAUGCCGAGAUGUAUACACGCGAGGCCCAAGGAUCGAUUGACUGUCUCAACGAGUUCGCGGUAGCAAUUGAGAGUUUUAUCGACGUGUCCCAAACCAACUACUCUGAGCUUGAGGGAAAAUGGCGUGAGCUGAAAGUCUGUGUUGAAGAGAUCGUGACGAUUGCGCUCCCGGAACAUCUUGCCAUUGUCCGAAAGAGUGUCAUUGAGCCCAUGGUCACCUUGUUGAAAUUGCACGAUGGGCCGCAAAGGGUUAUGAGGAAACGCGACAAGCGCCUGAUGGAUUAUGCUCGAUUCAAAAGCACCAAGGAGCGAGGGGAUAAGCCCGACAAAAAGACUACGGAACAAGGGGAGCAAUUUGUUGCUCUCAACGAAACACUCAAGGACGAGCUCCCGAAACUAUACUCCCUCACCGCAAAAUUGAUGGAAGCCUGCCUGCAGAAUUUUGUCCAGAUACAAACCACUUGGUUCAAUCGUCUGCAGGAAAAGCUCACUCCCCUUGUGGACGCAUUCCCGGAAGAUAUGCCCAAACUCGUGGACGACUGGUCUGCAGCAUUCAAUUUCUCCGAGGCACAGGUGUUAUCACUGGGUGUUUGCAAUGGAUCGCUGCUCGCUGAUGCGGUCAAUCUCGUCAAUUUCAAUACCCCUUCGACUGGGGCCACGAUUAGCUCCCCGCGACGCCCAUCCACUGUGAACAGCUCUAGUACCCGUGUCGGAUCUACUAUGGAGGAGACAUCACCUAAGGCCUCUUAUGAUUUCGGCAGUGGGAUACAUCCUUUUCAGUCUCCGAGCAUCGACAGUCAAUCGCAGCUAUCUCACGGACGCCUGAGAGCUGAUUCAUCCUAUUCCGGUCGCGCUGCUCCGGAGGUACCGGAGAUUCCUCGAAGUCAAAUACUGCAACAAAUCACGAGCGCAUCGUCCGGCUCCGCACCUCCUCCCUCUGUCUCUCAGACUGAGUCAUUUCCGAGUCUUCCUAGACUAAGUCUCGAUUCUCCGUUCCUUGCCGAUGUCAUAGGCCCCUCGACUAGUUCCACCAAGCUAGAUGAAGACCAGCCAACCUCUCCUGCCGGUCGGUACUCGGGCUUUUUCUCGUCAGCAAUGCCCAUGUCGGACAAUCCCCAAGACGAAAGUGCCCCUCCUACCGAAGCCAGUGCUUCCAAAGAACCGACGGUGCUAUUCCUCGCGGCCAGUAUCUACGAGUUCAAUAUUGACCGAGCGCGCCGGGAAGCUGGAUAUCCGUACCUCACCUACGUUGCCGGGGAAAUAUUCGAUGUCAUCGCCGAGAAGGGUGAAUUGUGGCUGGCCAAAAACCAGGACGAUUCUACUCAUCAGGUUGGCUGGAUCUGGAACAAACAUUUCGCCAAGCUUUCCAGCUAA